CACUUCGCAGCUGCUGGCUUUUGAAACCCCCAUUCCCGCAUUCCAGGGUCUGGAUCCGCCUUUCUCUGUCGAUUCAUAGCAUAUAAGUCAUGGCUGACGACGAGGACGAGCAGCUGCAGAGGGCCUUCCGCAUGAGCCUGGCGAGUCCACCUCCCGCAGGACACGCCUCCCCGCGAAACCCCCAGACUAGCAGCGGCGGCUACGGUCCCCAGUCUAGCGACGGAUCCAAGGCGAGCCCCGAUCCUUGCCCCCCGUCCGCCAAGCGUAGCAAAUCCGAGGAUGAAGGGUCGGAUCCAGGACAAGCAGGAGGAGGUGGUGGUUAUAGUGGAGGUUCUUAUAGCGGUCGCGCGGCAGCGAGACCCGAGACUGCAGAGGAGCGGGAGAGACGGAUCCAGCGGGAGAUUCGAGCAGCAGCCGCGGAGCGAAGAAUGGCUGCUUUAGGAAAGCCCAGUGUCGAAUCAGCCAAAAUCGGAUCAGCCAAUACCGGAUCAGCCGUGGCUUCCUCUGGAGUCCCAGCUGUUCCCGCAUCUGUCAGGCCUGAUUCACAUGUAGAUAAGGUUCCAACGAGCGUUCCGGUCCCUGCUAUUCCCGUCGCGACACGUGGCGAUGACGCUGACAUGGCGGAUCAGGCAUGCGAUUCUGUAGUAGGCGCAGGAAACGCAGGACACGCAGGAGACGCCAGAGUUCCGGCGAUUUCAGCAGAGAAGAGAACGGAUGGGGAUGGAGCAGAGGGGGUUGAGUCAACGCGGGCUGAGACAGAUGGGUCUGGGAGUGCGCGUAUCGAGGGCGCUGGGGAGGGUGUGGUGGGUGGAGAGGGGUGGAGUGAGGCGGAGAGGUUGUGGGAGGGGGAGCAGGGGUUGGCUGCAUUGCCGCUGGACGAGGCGUUUCGGCUGUUCGACAUGGUGUUCGGGCGGAGCCCGCCUGCUGCCACCCUCUCGCAGUGGUCGCGGCAGGGAUUCAGGUUCAGUGACGACCCAGCGACCUCGCUCGGCCUGGUGCAGCGGGAGGGAGGGCCGUGCGGCGUGCUGGCGCCGAUCCAGGCGCUGCUGCUCAAGUACCUCCUCUUCCUCCCCGCUCCCUCGCGCCCCACGGAUGCCUCCCUGCCUGCCGUACCUGCUGCACUUGCCGCUGCUGGGGCUGCUGCUGCUGGGGAAAUGGGCGCUGGUCAGCAGGGGGAGCGGCGGGAGGAGGGGAGGAGGCAGGGAGAAGGAAGCUGGGAGGAGGAUGAUCUGAGGUUUUACGACUUGGUGCCGGGCCUUGAGGUGCAAGGGAGAGUGUGUUCAAGGGCUGCUGCUGGUGCUAGUGGUGGUGCUGUGAUUGGCGCUGUCACUGGUACUGUCACUGGUGCUGUUGCUGUAGCAGGAGAGGGUGAGGGGUCAGGUGACUCCACUGCUCUGCCAGGGCUUGUAGCCGCGCGGGAUGGAGAAGGGGAGGGUGGAGAAGGGGAGGGUGGAGAUGGAGGAGAGGCCGAUCUUAUUUUCUCGCAGAUUGACAGACGAAGGGCGCUGGUAUUAGCAAUGGCAGAGUCGCUAUGGGUACCGAGCAGGGGGCAGAAAGUGGUCAUUGCUGCCAUAUCACCGCACAGGGUGGCUGCUUUCGGGUCAGAGGGACUAUCACCAAGCCCUAUCAGUGAUGCAACAGCGCUGCAAGGAGCAGUCAGAGUGCGACACCUGGCAGGGGCGUCGCAUGCUGACGUGGCGAAGGCGCUUCACCGGCUGUUUCCCGUGUUUGAGAGCGACUUUGGCGCGCUGCUGCUGCUGUUCUCGGCGCUGCUAUCCAGGGGACUGGAGCGGGUUCAGGAGGAUAGGGACGACCCAGAGCCGCCGCUUGUUACACCUCCAUUCGGCCAUGCCUCACAGGAGAUAGUCAAUCUGCUGCUGUGCGGUGAGGCCGUGCCCAACGUGUUUGAUGGCACCAUGGACCUGGGAGGAGGCAUGUCGCUCAAAGGCAUCCCUUCCGAAACCCAGGUUGGCUUCCUCACACUCCUCGAGUCCCUCAACCUCUGCAAGGUCGGGCAGCGCCUGAAACAUCCCAAGCUGCCCGUCUGGGUGGUGGGCAGCGAAUCACAUUACACCGUGCUCUUUGCACUCUCGACUGAAGUCCAGAACGAAAAUGAUGCAGAAGCAGAGGAGACCCGGGUUAGAGAGGUUUUCGACCGGUUUGAUACAAGUGGGGGAGGAGGGUUUGUAGCAGUGGAGUCGCUCCAACGUAUGCUGGCCGAACUGAGGGUAAAUUUCCCUUCAGAGACAAUAGACUCGCUUUCGGCGUUGGGGGUAAUAGUAUGGAACGAGCUGUGGCAGGCUUUGCUGAAGCUGGAGCGAUCCCAGGGAGGGUUCAAAAGGGAGGGGUCAACUGGGGGGCGGCCUGGUAGUAGGAAGUUUGACUUGUAUCACUUCAAUGGCAUUGCGAAGCGGGUGCAGACAGGUAGCAGCAAUGCAGCACCAGCACCAGCACCAGGAGCAGCUGGGGGGAAUGGAGCAGGGGACAUGUCAUAUGGCGGUUUGGAUGUGCCGCAGCGUGUGCUAUCCCCGCCGUUGACUGCCAUGGAUCAACGGCCGAGGUUGGUCCGGCUUCACGUGACCGUGCCGCCCAAAUGGAUGCCGGAGGAUCUCAUGAUAAUCCCAAGGCCGGACGGCAGUGGAGUGGACGAAAUUCCCGCUGAGGUGGUGGCAGACUCGUUUGACUCCAGUGUGAAUCCUCUUCACCCUGCUUCGCGCGAAGCUCCUCUUGUGGAUUGUAUUCGCACUCGGUGGCAACGAGCAUCGUGCACAUGGAUAGGAGAUGCACCAUCGAUUGUGUAGGUAGGUUGAUCGUAGGUUGAGUCCUGUUAUUGGAUAUAGGUGUUGAGGCUCCAUCGUUGCUUUGUUGAGAUGAUCUAUCAGUGCCCAGUUGUGAGACCAAGGAGUGUCUAUGCCUUGUGUAAUUUUGAUAUGUUAAGCAUAUUGGCCA